AUGCCACCUGUUUUAGAACCAAGAACCUCUGUAAAUAGCCAAAUCAUUUCUCGAGAUAGCGGUCUUCAAGGGAUUAUUCCGGGAAAUAUCAAACUAGUUUUUACAGAUACCACACUAAAGCGUGACAGAAAGAACCGUCUCAUAGUAGUUAGAGAGUCAAAUGGUAACUUAAGACACGCAGACCUUUCUGAACGUGAUCGUAUUAACCAAGUUUACUUUCCUUUGUCUGGUCGGAAGUUGUUUAUUCCCAGGAUGUUUGAAGACGAGCAGUUAGAUGCACUUUUGAACCAAGGCUCAUUUUUGUAUAUUUUGGACAGAACAUGUGUUCAAUUCGAACCAGAUGACCCACAUUUUAGUCGAAUAUGCCAUCGUGUUUAUGAACGUGUGAACCAUUUAGCUUGGACUCCAUUUGAAAAAACCGCUGAAUCGAUAACCAACGGUCUAACCAACCCAUUGCUUCUACUACGACACACACGCUAUUACGGUCCCUUAGCUUUAUAUAUGAUUGCUCAAUUAGGUUCUCCUGGGCCACUUGUUUAUGAGACUCUUGCACAUCAACAUUACAAUCGCUUAGGUUGGGUACUUCGUUUAGUUUGUCUUCUUAGACCCUCUAGUCCUUUUGCCGUCCAUACAAAGUCAAAUGUCGAUUUAAUACCUCCGCCGAUACAGACUGUUUUAGACUACACAAAGGAUUUGUCCCAACAAAAUAUGAGUCCAUCCGAGAUUAGCAAGUUGCUGGAUUAUGUUGAACUUUUCAUCAAUCUGGAACCUUUAAGCAAAGACAAACAAGUCAUACUCAAUGAUUAUCUUCAACGAGCUCGAGAAGGUAUCAAAAUGAACAUAGAAACAAUGGAUAGUACUUAGUUAUUUUAUGUACAUAUGAUGUUAGUUUUGUUGUUAGAG